AUGAUUUCGAAAGUAUUGGAGCGCUGUCGGGAUUUCUUUCAGAGUCUACCGUUAUGGACUAAGACCGUAGCAUGGACAGCGUUGUUCAUUCAGCUGAUGUCCUUCACGGGUUUUCCAACGGGUUAUUUGGCAUUAUCAUGGAGUAAUGUGUUUCAAAAAUGCCUAGUCUUCGAGGUUUACACAUAUGUAUUUUUACAUGUCUCUCUUUUACAUAUAAUAUUUAAUUUCGUAUCUUUACUCCCAUUAAUGGCCAAGUUUGAAAAGGAGCAUGGCACUUUUGCAUGUAUGUUCAUAACAUUGGUGCCGUAUACCCUAUUCCCUGCCUUCGUGCAUCUUAUCUCUUAUCGCUUUAUUUUCGCAAAGGAGUCAGUUUCUAUUGCUGGAUUCAGCGGAUGGGCCUUUGCAUUUAUAUCUGCGACUUGUCUCCAGAAUCCUCAAGAGCCGAUUCAAAACUACAUUCCAGGAAAGUAUAUUCCUCUAAUUUACUUGUUUAUUACUACCAUUUUUGUACCUUACGCCAGUUUCAUCGGCCAUGCCUCCGGAGCUGCUGCUGGCUAUGCAACGCCUUACAUUCUUGAGCACAUACCUUUAAAUAGAUGGGCAGAAAAAUUUGAUUCAUUAGGGAACCGCUUCAAAAGUUACCGAUCCUACGACGAACUGGCAUAUGCAUCGCUGCCUAUUGCAGAGCCAAGCACUGGUAAUCCCAACUUUCCUGGAAAGGGAACCCGAUUGGGAAUUUGA